GGAUUUGAUAAUCUAAUUGUUUCCAAGAAUAAGAAAGUGACUGAAAGGACUAAAGGGCGUCCACUCGUCUCUGUUGUUGGCCUCCUUAUUAAACCCUUUUUCAAAACUUCGACCUUCCCAAUGGACGGCCUUGGCCUUUCUCAAUCACCUUUCUUUCAAUUUUUUAUUUUACAACUAAAUCGCUAUUAUUAUUAAUAUCUAUUAUCUUCAAUAAUUCCUUUUCCUUCUUCUCUCUCUCUCUCUUCAUAAUUCUCUCAACAUGAUUGUGUUUCUAUAAAUAGGUUGCACUCCUCAUACCAACUUUCCUAAAAAAAUGUCUCUCUUGAUGGACUCAACUUCCUUACCUCUUCUCUUAUGCCCUCCUCCAUCAUCAAUGGAAAAUAAGCUCAAAAACGUGAAUAAUAUUAACAUCGAUAAUGGAGCAUUAGUAUUCGACUCCAACUUACUCCAAAAACAGUCCAACUUACCCAGCCAGUUCAUUUGGCCAUAUGGGGACUUAGUGGAUACACAAGAAGAGCUGAACGAGCCUGUGAUAGAUUUACAAGGAUUCCUGAGAGGAGAGGCGUCAGCGACAGCCAAAGCGGUCGAGCUCGUCAAAACAGCUUGCUUGAACCAUGGAUUCUUCCAAGUGAUAAACCAUGGCAUCGAUCAAAGCCUCAUCCAGGCCGCACACGACCAAAUGGACUCCAUCUUCAGCUUGCCCUUACCCAAAAAGCUCAGUAUUCGUCGAAAACGGGGCAGCCUUUCAGGUUAUUCUGGUGCUCAUGCAGAUCGAUACACGUCAAAGUUACCAUGGAAAGAGACCUUCUCCUUUGGUUACCAAAAAUGUGACGAAAACGACGACUCCUUACCUAUCGUUGUUAACUACUUCAAGUCAGUUUUGGGGGACGAUUUUCAACACGCUGGGUGGGUCUACCAAAGAUAUUGCCAGGCAAUGAGAGAAUUAUCUCUGGUGAUCAUGGAGCUUUUGGCCAUCAGUUUGGGAAUUGAUAGAUUACACUAUAGAAAAUUCUUUGAAGAUAGUGAAUCAACAAUGAGAUGUAACUUUUAUCCUCCUUGCAAUAACUCUGGCCUAACUCUUGGAACUGGGCCUCAUUCUGACCCGACUUCCUUGACCAUUCUUCACCAAGACCAAGUUGGAGGACUUGAAGUCUUUGCUAAUAACAAGUGGCAGGCUGUGCAGCCUCGCCUUGAUGCCCUAGUUAUCAAUAUUGGUGAUACAUUCAUGGCAUUGUCGAACGGGAGAUACAAGAGCUGUCUGCACCGAGCAGUGGUGAAUAGAGAUAAAAUUCGGAGGUCAUUAGUGUUUUUCGUAAGCCCCAGAGAGGACAAAGUGGUGAGACCCCCAAAAGAUCUGGUUUGCAGAGAAGGGCCAAGGAAAUACCCUGAUUUCACAUGGUCAGAUCUGUUGGAGUUCACUCAAAAUCACUAUAGAGCUGAUGUUGCUACACUCCAAAGCUUCAUUCACUGGUUGCUAUCGUCCAAACAAGCCCACUUUUAAUUAUUCCUUUUGGACUUUUCUCUAUUGCUCCAUUCUGGCUUGUACUCAUCUUAUAAUUUCCCACAUCUAAUCUCUCUCUCUACUAUAUAUAUAUACAUAUUUAUAAUUUAUAUAACUAUAUUUAUAUAUUUCAAGUGGCCAUGUCUGAAACUGUAUGACAAUAGUUUUUCUACUACGUACUAUUCUAUGGAUAUAUCUCUAGUUUCUAGUUUCUAGUUUUUAGUUUCUAUAUUGUAUGUGUAUCGUACGAAGGAUAAUAUAAUUUGAAGUUUGCCAAGUUUCAAACACCUGGGACCCAUAUGUGUUGAUCCACUGCGUUCAGGGAUGAUUGUCUAUCAACUUUAUUGGUGUAAAAUUAUUAGAGAUAGAAUAUGUACCAAAACAUUAUAUAUUAGAGUAAUCCCUUAAUUUUAUUCAACCAA